AUGUCCGACGUCCCACCAACCGAGUCCAUUCCCAAACCAGAGGAACCUAAAUCACCAGCCCCUGCACCUCAGUUCCAGCAAGUACCUCCGAAUUACUACCAAUUUCCACCUCAAGGUUACUACCCACCCCAGCAAUUCCAAUUCCAAUCUCAGCCUAUGCCUUACUUCCCCAACCCUUGGUUGUUCCAGCAAGCUCCACCCCAGCAAUUCCAAUCUCAAUCCAAAUCGAAGAGAGACCAAGAGUUCGAAGAAGGUCUGAACCGUUUACGCAAAGAUUAUGCUACAGCUCCAAUUGAGAGAAAGUUGUUCCCGGACCAAAAAUAUAAUUUAGGUGAAGAGGUGAGAUCUAACACGUUUUCUAACACGUUUUCUCACCCUCAUGAAUUUUCAUGA